CGCCGCCGGCGGGGCACGGAGCCGCACCGCCCCGCACAGGCCGCCGCGAGGGCUGCGGCCCCCCGGGGCAGGCCCAGCGGGGAGGCGACCCCCACGCCGCCCCCUCCGGAGGCAAGGGUCCCCCCGGCGGCAGCGGCGCCCCGGGCCCCGACGGCGGCCCUCCUCGCGCACCCACACCUGUGCGCGCCCCCGCGCGGGCCCGGCCCCGGCCCCGGCCCCGGCCCCGGCCCCGCGGAGCAGCGCGGCAGGCCCGCCGUCCCGCCUCGGCAGGGGCGAGAGCUCCCUUCCCCGGAGAGCCCUCCCCCGUCCCCCUCGGGGCCGAAAAUGGUGGAGCCCUCCCGCCCCCCGUGCCCUUCUCCCUCCGGCUCCCCGAGCCCGCCCGCCGCCCCGGCCCCGGGGGAGCAGCCGCCCCUCCGGCCCAGCCCGGGCUGCGCGGGGAUCCGGCGGCAGGCCCGCGCCUCCCCCCGCCUCUCCCGGGAACACGGCACCGCGGCGCCGCCCGACCCCGCCGCCGGCCGCCGUCCGUACCUGCGCCGGCCUCACAUCGCCGGGCCGGGGCCAGCGCUGCCCCCCCCGGCGCCGCCGCGGCCCCCCGCCCUCGGCAGCCGGCCGCCGUCUCCUCCCGCCGCCCGCGGGGCCGCAGGCAGCCGGGGUUUUAAGGAAAAGCACCGGCCCGUCGGGAGAGUCAUCCUUGCUACCUGCGGCUGGGCUUUGCCUCUGCAGCAGCAGACCUGAGAGAUCUCGAGAUUAUGUCCGAGAUCAUAAAAUAAAUGUAAAUGAAUUUAACACCUGGAUUCAAAACAAAUUGAGUGGUCUGUGGGCAGAAAAACUCUGUAGGUUGUAUUAAAAAUCUGAAUCCACAGCUACUGUUCUCAGGCAUCGUGUCUCUCCUAGGUAUACAGGUAAAUAUCCUGAGCAGCCCUACCUGCGUCAAAGCUUUCUGUGGUUGCUGUGCUCAGCUGUGGGCUGAAAGGGGACAGCAUAUCAGUUCCCAAUAAAGGAAAUUCUGUCCCUGCCUGCCAGCUUGACUGUAGGGACACACAGUCUGUAGGAAGGCUUCCCCUACACUGGAGAGUGUAACAGAGCCUGGCAGAAGAAAGGCAUAAAUAAAGGGAAUGAAGAAAAGGGGAGGACACCUAGAUACAAGACAACAUGCAUUUGGGAGUAGCAGGGAAAAGGGAAACACUGAGCCAGCUGAUUAUUGUGAUCAUUAAAAAAAGGGGCAAAUUCAGAAGUUUUGGGGUUCUCAUUCCAUGGCAAAAUAAACAGAGCAGGUUGCCUGGUUUUCCACUGCCCCCAUUUUAUUAUUUGCAGCAUAGAUGCCUGGAUUUGCUUAAAGGAGUAGAGGAUUUAUGUGGGAAUGCACUUUACUGUGCAGAUUUUGCUC